CAGGACAAGCCCAAUGAAAUUCCUGGUCGUUGCCUUAUUUCCACUGGCAGAAACAUUUCUGCGCCCAAACAGCCAUGAGCUAAUCAUGAGAAGUGCAGAUCAACCUCAAAUAACUGAUCUUGAUCGUUCUGAAGCAGGAUAUCGCGAUCACUGCGAAAGUGGAUGGACAUAUUUUGAUGAAACAAACGCCUGCUAUAAAAAUUUCUUCCAUGCUACUUUUCAAAGCGCCGAAAAUCUAUGUCAAACUGUUGGAGCACAUUUGACUUCAAUCCACAGUCAUGACGAAAACCUUUUCGUGGCUGAGCUUGCCAAAUCGGGUAGGCAUAUGACUAACGAUUCUACACAAGGGACUUGGAUUGGUCUGGAACGUUAUGCUCAUUUGAAUUGGACCUGGACUGAUGGCACAAAGGUUGACUUUCUACUAUGGGCUCCAGGUCAACCAGAUAACAUGGGUGGAGUACAAGAAUGCGGGCAGCUGUGGCCAGAUCCACGUGCAGAAUUAGAAGGAGUUGUGAACUACCAAAGAUGGGACGAUUUACAUUGUCACAUUGAAAUUAGAUCGUUUGUGUGCAAAAAAAAUGCCUUUGCCGAAGUUGCGAGACAAAAACGCGUUUGAUUGUUGUGAGUGAAAGUCUGUACAACAAUAAAUCUUACCAUGGCAAUAAAUACUCUGAAUAAAUUUUCAAUGGUA